ACAUGUUAAGUUUAAAACUAGCUUAUUUUAAAUUUAUUUUCUUAACAGUACCAAAUUUCACAUGUCUACAAUGUAAGGUAUGGCUUGUUUCAGAGUAGGGAGCGUUGUAGAGUGGUUUUUCCACUCUCCCUUUUGAUUCCAUUAAAAUGUUAUUUCAGGCAGGGGACAAUUUUGGGCAAAGCUUGACGAGUUUUUAUAUAAAGCUUGGCCUCCAAGUUUCUAUUUUCAUGCAGAACAGGAUAAGAAAUCCUGUAAUUACAGUAGGCCUUUGCAGCACUUUAACCUCUCAAGUCUAAUUAAAAUGUAAGAAUUAGGUUUAUAUUUUAUAUGUGGCUUCAGACACUGCAGUCUGAAGUGAGCCAAGUCAUAUUUUUUUACGUUAUGCGACAUGUAUUUUAUUGUUUUAUGACAGUACAACACAAAUCAGAUUUUUACAAAGGCGGCCAAAGCCACUUGGAUACGUGGUCCUAAAUCCAGUCUGAUCUUUUCAAAUGUGACCUGGUACUGUACGGCGAGGUUGCAUUCAACCUCUCAAAAAAUCUGAACUGAUGCAGUGUGAACAUAUACUUAGUUUUAACUGCACAUUUGUCCCUGAGUCAGUUUAACAAACAUGACAUGUAAAGGUUAUCAAAGUCAAGCUAGCAUACAGUGCUUUCAGGACUAAUCGGUUCUACCAUAAAUGGCUUGCGCAUUGUUGCUUUGUGCACAUGUAUUUUCACAUUACCCCCCCAAAAAAAGUAAAAAAUAAGAAUGCAUAAGUAAAAUACCAUUAGCAUGUCAAUUGUUCCUUAAUGUGACACCAAGGAACACCUUACCUUGGAUACCAAAGAACUCUUGGCUACACCCACAAACCUGUUAAGCCAAUGAACACAUGAACAUGGAAUAAUAAAUCUAAUAUAAGUGUGCUUUUCAGUCAUGGAGAACAUAACUUGCAGCUUUGUGUUAAACUUGCAGUGAAGCACAGAACACUUGAAUAUCUGCCAUCUCUACAACUCCAUAAAAGCAAGCAAGAUUUUGUUCAAAGAUUUUUUUUUUCCAACAGGACUGAAAAAAUGGUUGAAGAUCAACGUCUCUGUAAUGAAUCAGCAGAGCUGGAUGGACAGACUGUGACCUUCUAUCUAUUAAAUGCUUUUGUAGUCACUUGGUCAGUUCUGAUAACAUGUGGAAAUCUUCUUGUAAUCAUCUCUGUCAUUUACUUCAAGCAGCUCCACACUCCAACAAACUACCUCAUCCUCUCUCUGGCUGUGACUGACCUGCUGGUUGGGACUUUAGUUUUACCUUUCAGCACAAUAUUGUCUCUGAGUUCAUGCUGGAAUUCAAGUUAUUUACUCUGUAAAAUGCGAGGCCUGUUUGAUAUAUUACUGUGUGCAUCGUCUAUUUUAAAUUUGUGCUGUAUAUCCAUUGACAGAUAUUUUGCAGUGUGUCAUCCUCUAACAUAUAGAAGUAAAAUGAAUGUUCGCGUUACUCUGGCCAUGAUCCUGGUGAGCUGGACUCUUUCAGCUCUGCUUGCUAUAAGCAUCACUGGACGUGGUUUAACUCAAGGAAAUCUCAACCAAAGGUGUGAUAUAUUUAUAGCUACAAAGGAAACCAGUCCUGGACCAUUUUUUGAAUUCUACAUUCCAGCAAUUAUCAUUUUAACAAUUUAUCUUAAGAUUCUGGUGGUGGCAAAGAAGCAGGCAAGACAAAUCCAGAACACUAUGAAGUCUGAAGCAGCUCUCAGUAAGAUGGAGAAUAAGGCCAACAUAACAAUGACUAUAGUACUGGGAGUCUUCCUCAUAUGUUGGACUCCUUUCUUUUUAUCUGUAGGUUUAUACAGUAUGGGAAAAUUCACAAUACCAGUUGUAGUUAUUGAAGCAUUUAAAUGGUUAGGAUGGUCCAAUUCUAUGUUGAAUCCAUUAGUUUAUGCUUUCUUCUACAGGUGGUUCAGACGGGCCUUUAAAAUGAUCAUUUUUGGUAAAAUAUUUCAAGGAGAUUUUUCCAAUGCAACUUUGUGACAUAUUUUGAUUGUAUGUGCUGAGGUCCAGUUUAACAUGUUAUCUUUUUAUUGUUCACAAUAUUUUAGUUUAACAUGGUAGAAUUUUGUAAUGUUACAAGACACAUUUUGCUGACUUUCAUUACUUUCGACUUUGAAAUAUUACAAAUUUGAAAAAUUAGAAGUGAUUAUAUUUUUGAUUUGAUCUGUAACAUAAUGAAACUAUCAUAUAUUUUGAUAGCCCAUUUUAGUCACAAUUGAAACCUUCUUUCUUUUGGAAAGUUGGAAACAGUGUAGUUUGUUAAAACCUAAACUACCUUAAUAGUUUCAAAUACUUUUGGCUCUUAAUGCCUCAUCACUGAAUUAUUAUUAAAUUGAAAUUUGCAUUACAAUAAUUGUUAGAUUAAAAGUUGCUUUUGACGAUAAAAACGUUUAGGCAGGGUUUUCAACACUUAAUUGGGCUCAAAUUUCUAUAUUUAAAUGUUAAAACUGUAUUUUGCUAAUUUAUCAAAUUAAUGUAUUUUUGUUAGCUUUAAGCAGAAAUUCAUCAUAAUUAACAGAAAUAGAGCCUCCUUGAAAACAUCAUUCUGUUUUAUUGAUUAUUUUAAUGGUUCACCUUGUGAAUUGGGCUAUUGAACCCUUGUGCGUGCAAAGACUGAGGCAAAUGUAGAGGACUGUGGCAAAUGAUACAAGUUUUACGGGUCAGGGGUCGGUUGGACCCCAUUUGUAAACACAAGGGUUAAAUAAGUAGCAAGUCUCUGUAUUAGAAAUUAGUGAGGCCUGCCAGAUCUAUUUUUAUGUUGUUGUAAUAUAUUCUAAUAACCAUGUUCUUUAUACUUGUCUUAACUCUGUUCUUGGUGUUUUUAGACGUUUUAAAGAAACUUUGUGCCAGUUUUCUGAAUUAUGGUAUAUGCCAACACCUUAAAAGAAAUAAUAAAAAUCGGGGAAAUCAACACAAUAUGACAAGAUAAAAAGAAACUAAAUAAACAAGGAAAUGGAAAUUGUUAAAACAAAUUAAACCCAAGAGUGAAAAAUGACAUAAGAUGCAGUUGCGGUAAUCAGGUGAUUGGUAACAGCUGUGAAAGUGAACAGGCUGGCAGGCUGAGUGGAGGUAAAUGAUUAACAUAAAGAAGCUGGUCAAAAAUCAAAAGGAAGUUUAAACCAA